CUGCGCUUCCUGUCAUACGCCCGUGACGCAAUUUUACUUUCGCUUUCGUGCGAAUCAGCUGACGAACGUCGAUCCGCAGUUUGAUCGUCGUGUACGGGAUAAGGUGAAGCGGGAAAUGUCCAGCACAGCCAUGAAGAAGAAGGUGCUGUUGAUGGGUAAAAGCGGCUCGGGAAAGACGAGCAUGAGGUCGAUCAUCUUCGCGAACUACAUCGCCAGAGACACCCGCCGUCUCGGAGCCACAAUAGACGUCGAGCACUCUCACGUUAGAUUCCUGGGCAACCUGGUGCUGAACCUGUGGGACUGCGGCGGCCAGGACACGUUCAUGGAGAACUACUUCACGAGCCAGCGGGACAACAUCUUCCGCAACGUCGAGGUGCUGAUCUACGUGUUCGACGUUGAGAGCCGCGAGCUGGAGAAAGACAUGCACUACUACCAGUCGUGUUUGGAAGCCAUCUUGCAGAACUCGCCCGAUGCCAAGAUCUUCUGUCUCGUGCACAAGAUGGACCUGGUCCAGGAGGAUCAACGAGAUCUGAUAUUUAAAGAGCGCGAGGAGGACUUGAAGAGACUGUCCCGUCCGCUUGCCUGCACCUGCUUCCGGACGUCCAUCUGGGACGAGACGCUGUAUAAAGCCUGGUCCAGCAUUGUUUACCAGCUGAUCCCUAACGUGCAGCAGCUCGAGUGCAACUUGCGCAACUUUGCGCAGAUUAUCGAAGCGGACGAGGUGCUGCUUUUCGAAAGAGCCACUUUCCUGGUGAUCUCUCAUUAUCAGUGUAAAGAGCAGCGCGACGCGCAUCGCUUCGAGAAGAUCAGUAACAUCAUAAAGCAGUUCAAGCUCAGCUGCAGUAAGUUGGCAGCAUCUUUUCAGAGCAUGGAAGUGCGCAACUCGAACUUUGCGGCCUUUAUUGAUGUGUUUACAUCUAACACCUACGUGAUGGUGAUCAUGUCUGACCCGUCGAUACCCUCGGCUGCCACUCUAAUCAACAUCAGAAACGCCCGGAGGCAUUUUGAGAAACUGGAACGGGUGGACGGGCCGAAACACAGUCUGCAUAUGCGCAUGCGCUAGACGCGCACUCGACACUUGUGUCAAGUGCUUUCCUUUCUUCAGAUGUUAAGUGUUUCUCUCAGUGCACACACGUUGCAGUGGAUGUGGUCAUUAUAUGACGAUAGGUCCUGUUGUCUUUUAAAACAUGAUUUGUGCCAUACAGUGACUUUAAAGGUUACAUACAUCAGAAAGUUAAAUGAACUAUUGUUUGCAUUUUUUUCCAUGUGUGUCCUUUAUACAUGUUCUGGUGUCUUUAAGCAUUAUCAUAGCUUGUUGUCAUGUCUUUGCAGAUGUUAAAAACUUGAUUAAGCAAAGACCGUUUCUCCACUUAAAAAAAAGUUUAGCAAAUGUAUAAAAAAACUUGAGUUGAAUGUUGAUAAAGUAUGCUUCUGAUGGAAAUUAUUUUUGCAUCCAGUUCUUUGUAGAGGAUGUCAAAAAAAUAA